AUGGUCUUCUCAUCAGCAUGGCAGUUCGCGGGGCUAGAGGAGCUGCUCAUCACCAGCUGCAGAGGGUUAGAAACACUUCCAGACUGCAUCGGAGAAUUUAUGCCGUGCCUUCGCAAGCUGACGGUUCGCGAAUGCGGUGAUUUCACUCACCUGCCUGAAACCGUCACUCUUCUGAGCCUGGAAACUCUCAUCAUCUCAGGUUGUUACGAAUUUCAUGCCUUACCCAGCAGCUUCGAUCACCUGCCCGCUUUAAAACUCCUGGUGCUGGAGCAUCUGCCUUUAACCGCACUCCCGCCUUCAUUCUCUCAUCUUACGACUCUGGAAGCACUCUUCAUAAUUGAGUGCAGGGAGUUUUGGCAGGUGCCAGCAGAUGCCUUGUGUCUCACGGCUCUCAAGGUGCUCUGCUUCUCAGAAUCAGAUCAGGGUCUUGCCUUGCCAGAGAAUGUUGGGGGCCUUGGCAGCUUGGAGGCUCUCAGGUUGCGUGGCUGCCGGUUUCCGGCUUACUUCACCACCCUCUCCUCCCUCACAAGCCUUGACCUGAAUAAAUGCUGGCCAGCCGAGCUUCCAGAAGCCUUGGGGGAGCUGAGCAGUCUACAGGAGCUGAAGAUCGUUCAGCUUGCAGUCAGUCAGCUUCCUGGCUCUCUAACACGGCUCACUGCACUUCACACCCUCGAGGUCAGAAACUGCAACGCGCUCUCGGAAGCACCCAUGGGGCUGGAUGCGCUCAUGGGGCUGAAGCGGCUGGAGCUGAUGGGAUGUCCGCAGCUGAGCGAAGCCCCUGCGGGUCUGCCCCCCUCUCUUGAGACUCUCUGCUUGGGGCCCUUCCGGGAAGGCUCUUCCCUUGUUGUGGAUAUUUCCAAGCUGUCACAGCUGAGGGUGCUGAAGCUGAAGUGCGUUGGGGUUGUAUGUGGGCAUGCAGCGGCCGAGAGGUUGUUGGUCCUGGGACAGCAGGGGCCGAUUCAGCAGCUGGAGCAGGAGUUUGAAGGAGUAAGCCAGGCGCGCCUGAAUCAGUUAGAGGAGCUCGAGAUGCGUCUCGAAGGAAUGCGUCAGGAGUUCCUGCUUCCCUCAAAUGUUCUUCCUCGCCUGCGCAGCUUGCUCAUAGACGCGCCGGGAAUCCGCAGCCUCCCGGUAAACAUGGCAGCAGCGUUGCCAGAGCUACGGCAGCUGAAGCUUCUUUCAUGGGCGCCGGAAGAGCUGCCACGCGUCAUACUAGAGCUCUCAAAGCUGACGUCAUUGACCGUCCAUGCACCACAGCUCACUUCACUACCUGAGGACGUGAGCUGCUUGUCCCAGCUGCGCAAAGUGGAGUUGAUUCGCUGCACCGCCUUGCAGCACCUCCCGAAGAGCCUCACCCACGUGCACAGAGCCAAGUUCAUCCUGCUCUGCAUGCCAACCUACUUCCAUGCAGCAGUUUGCUAG